AUGACUCAUCAUUUAAUUGAAAAGGCACCUGAGUUAACAACUGAUGGUUUUAAUUCACUUUUCAAUAGUUAUGAUAUUGGUAAAAGAAGGAUGGAAACCCUAUUGAACCAAGAAGUUUAUGGAACUGGAGAGAUAAAUACAAUUGGUCGUAGAUCAACAAAUAGAAAGGAAAAGCUUGAAGAAAAUAUAGAAGCAACUGAAAGACCAUCUAAUUUUAAGAAUAAUCCUAUUGAUCUUUCUGUUCCAAUUGAAGAAGGUGAAAGUAGUAAUAAGAGACGAAGAACAACAGAACAUGAGCAUUCCAUCCUGGAUCCUCUUGUUGAAAUGUAUACUAAACCAACCAAGGAUCAAAUUAACAGAGCAAUUGAGAAAACAAGAUGGGAUAGAAAAAGAGUUCUAGGUUAUGUUGAUAAACAUAGGAAAAAAAAAGAAACCCAACAACAAUAA